AUGAGUACUUCUCAAGAAAAAGCCCAAAACCAAGCUUCUCAAGCCAGAAAAGGAGAUUGUCAAAUUGCUAUUAUCGGAGAUGAAGAUAGUGUUACUGGAUUUCUUCUUGCUGGUAUUGGGUCUGUUGAUAGAAUGAAACGUACAAACUUUCUGAUUGUUGACAAUAGAACAAUAAGUAGUCAAAAAUUAUUCAAACAACUAACAAAAAAGAUUAAAACAAAAUUAAAAAAAGGUACAAAAGAAGAAAUUAAGAAAAAUAUUGAACCAAUCAGAUCCUCAAGAGAAAAAAGAUUAAAAAAGUAUGUAAUUUUGAUAAAAGAUAAUAAAGAAAAGAAGAGUUUUAGUGAGUGUUAA